UUCAACAUUGGUUCAGGGGAAAGAUGAACAAAUUUGCAAAUUUGCCACGUUGGGAAGAAGACUACUUGCUUAAAGAAAAUGGACAAUUCACUUUGUAUGCAGAGGUACAUGAAAUGGGGUUUAAUUAUAGGAUUUACUAGUGAUUUCGUACCAAAAUUGCUCUAUAAAAUGGAACAUGGUAGCCUAACGGGCUAUGUAAAUGAGUCACUGUCAAUAUUUGCAACUAAACAUUACAAAUCAACUUUAAAACCGGACACGUGUAGAUAUGUCGGUUACCGCUAUCCACCGGAUCAUCCACUAGCAUAUGAAUUAACACCGCAAUACUGGUACAUACUAUGUUGGCAAUUCAUAUUUCUCGCAAUAUUCGAGCAUUUCGUAUUUGGUGUAACAAAGUUCAUAUCCUACAUAGUGCCGAAUAUGCCACAAUACAUUAAAGAAAAAGUUCAAGCAGACCAAGAAUUUAUACGCACAUUAAGGGAUCGUACCAUUGAAAAUGAAUAAUAUGUACUAUGAUCAAUUAUUAUAAA